GAGAUCCUACAGCUCCUCGUCGGUUCAGGGGCUCUCGGUCGCCCGAACAACCGGGGUCGCACGCCGCUCUUUGUCGCUGCAUGCCGGAACCAGACCGAUGCAGUGGGCUUUCUGGUAAGGGCUGCUGCGGACCUCAAUCGCCCGGACCGAGAGAACUGCACGGCCCUUCAUGCAUCUGCCCACGAAGGCCACCUCGAGACCGUUCGAGUACUCCUCGAAGCGCAAGCGGACCUGGCGCGGGUGGACCUGGAUGGGAGGAAUGUGCUCUGCACAGCUGUGGAGCGUGGGCACCUGGAGGUGGUUCGCCUCCUGCUGAAUGAUGCCACGAAGAACUCCACGGACAAGUUUGGGCGCAGCUGUCUCUACGCUGCCGCAGAGAAAGGCUACUUCGCCGUGGCGGAGCUGCUCCUCGGAGCGAACCUGGAUCCCAACUCUGCAGACAGGAAUCAGCGCACACCCUUGCAUGCCGCUGUGGAAGGGGAGCAUCUGGAGGUUCUCCAGGCCUUGGUGCUGGCCAGGGGUUCGGUGAAUUCUGCUGACAAGUGGGGAUGGACACCGCUGCACACAGCAGCAGACAGAGGCUUGCCAGAGAUCGCCCAACUUCUGGUGGAGCACGAGGCGGACGUGGGCCUGCUGGACAGCGAGUCCAACAUGGCCUUACAUCGGGCCGCACGAAGAGGUCAGGCAGAGGUUAUAGCGACUUUGAUGAGAGCCAUCUCGGGCCCCCAAAUGGCGAACCACGGACGCUCGACUCGGCGUCCUUCACGACCUCUCCGCACUCGUUCCCGAGGCUCCACGGUGGAUGCCCUUGACCUCCAUGGCCGCUCUCCACUGCACGAGGCCGCGGCAUUCGGCGACGUCGGCACGGUCCGAAUGCUGGUUCAAGGACGUGCGAACACGAACUUGCCA